CUAAUUCCAACCUCCGUCAGCCAAGUCUCAUUCAUCGCAGUUCGAGUUUCUGAGUUGGCUCGCUGCGGAAGGCUUUUCCGAAGUAAAAUGUCUGCGAUUAAGGAACUGGUGGCAGGUGAAUGUGGAGGGGCCAAUCCUUUGAUGAAAAUAACUCAGCACGUUAACCAGGAUUUAUCGUUUCAGCAUCGAGGACUGACUAACAGAGUAAAUGGCCAUGGAGCUCAUCAACCUCUCGCGGAACAAUAUGCAAAUGAGUUUCUUCAAGAUCAUCAAAUGGUGGUCAAACAUCCACAGACAUUCGAUAUGGGACGACUGUUACAUGAAGCACGUUUACUGGAUUCCAGACCACCACAACAAAUUCAAAUCUCAGUUACUGCACAACAUUGGGAAAAAGAUUUUCAAAGUUUCAGGCCUGCUCCAUUUCGAGAUACUGGCCGUGAAGAAGCUCUGUGGGCUGAAGAAUUUUUGCGACAUGAACAACAUCAAGAAAUACCUUUUUAUAAUAAUUUGAAUGGACCUAAUAUGAUGGGUUAUGAACCUGCCAGAAUACGAGAAAUAGAUGAUGUUACAAGUACUGAAGACUGGUCAAAGGAAUUUGGCAGUGAAGUCCAAGAAAAGACAGAAUUACAGAAAGCGGCAGAUGAAAUGGUCGAAUCAUUCUCGAAAGACAAUAAAAUAUCAAAUACCGAAUUUUUUGAUUUUGUUUCAAGUCUUGGUACAAAAGGUAAAGCAGAUGAUUGGACAUCAGAAUUUGUGGAAGAAAGUCAGGCGAGCCAUCAAACCAAUCCACAAUUGUCAAAAGCAGAAGAGUGGAUAAAUGAAUAUGAACAAAUGGCAUCACAAGAUGGGGAAUGGGCCGAUGAAUACUCAAAAGCAGCGAAUGGAUCUUUUACAACUCCUGCUGACACAGGAUUCUGGGAUCGUUUACAGGAGGAAUGGGAUGAUGCUUCGAAAUCUGAGCAACAUCCAUGGUUGGAUGAUUUUUCUAAAUUCCAAGACAAGGAAUAUCAAUUUAAGGAAGAGAAUCCUUUAAAAGACAUGCCGAAUCCUUUUGAUGAAGGCAUGAAAAGGUUACGACUUGGAGAUUUAUCAAAUGCUGUCCUUCUAUUCGAAGCUGCAGUACAGAAUGACCCUACUCAUAUGGAGGCGUGGCAAUACCUUGGUACAACACAAGCUCAAAAUGAACAAGAACAGUCAGCAAUAAGCGCCUUAACAAAGUGUAUUUCUCUCGCUCCAAACAACACAGAUGCAUUACUAGCACUUGCUGUAAGUUUCACAAAUGAAUCUAUGCAACAACAAGCUUGUCAAACAUUGAAACAAUGGAUGAAAGUUCAUCCGAAAUAUCAACAUUUACGAGGAGACGGUAGUGCAGGCACUGAAUCAGAUUUUCUUCAAAAAUCAUAUUGGGUUAGCAGUGUUGCAAGCAGUGAAUUAUUCAGAGAAGUCCAAGACAUAUAUAUGAAUGCAGCAAGAAUGUCACCAGAGAAUCCUGAUCCAGAUGUGCAAUGUGGUUUAGGAGUUUUAUUCAAUCUGUGCAAUGAUUAUGAUAAAGCUGUGGACUGUUUUCAGGCUGCUUUAUCUGUUCGACCUGAUGAUGCUUUAUUGUGGAACAAACUUGGUGCAACUCUAGCUAAUGGAUCUAGAUCUGAAGAGGCGGUACAAGCAUACAGGAGAGCAUUAGAAUUUAAUCCAGGAUUCAUUAGGGCAAGAUAUAAUUUGGGAAUAAGCUGUGUCAACUUGAGUGCAUACAGAGAGGCAGCUGAACACUUCUUAACCGCCUUGAACAUGCAAAAAUCUGGCCGAGGACCCAACGGUGAAACAGGUGUGACAUCUGAUAAUAUUUGGUCAACAUUACGAAUGGCAACUUCUUUUAUGCGUGAUGAUGAAGCUCACACAGCUGCAGAUACAAGAGACAUGCCAACAUUAAAUCGAAUUUUCAAUAUACACGAGACACAACCAAUUCUCCACGAUAUUGUUGAACCAACUCCUUCCUAGCCUCAGUGAGGCAGCAAUAAGUAUCGAUUCCUUAGUUGGUCCCAAUGUCACACAACAAUUCUAUUAAUUUCAGUUGAACCAUGUCUUCAUUGCAAUCGGUAAAUAUGUUUGAAGUUUUAAGAUGUUUCAUCUUUUAUGUGAUAAGGUACAGAUGGUAAGAAUCAGUAUGCAGAUAUACCUUUUCUUGCUUGUUUACUUCAUAUUUUUAAGUGCCUUGUCUUCAUUUCAUAAACGGUUUGAUUCAUGGUAGACAUAAAAUUUUCUAUGUUAGAGGCUAUUUUUAUGGAAAUAUGACAUUUAACCUUUUAAUCAUGUGUGAAUUUAACAUAGCUUCAGAUUUUAUUUAUUGCAAUCUUGUUGAAGGUUAUUAAAAUAUGGUCAUCCAUGCUUUUAUAAUUUUCAAGAUGUGACAUCAAUAGGCAUAAGUAAAAAUUUUGUUGCACUUUUCCAGAAUCAAGUAAUAAUAUAACUGUGCACGAUAUUCCAGUGUUAAAAAAGAAUUUGUACUAAGCUUGUGUUUGAAUCCAAGAUUGUUUCAUGGGAUAGGUAGGAUAUCUUGCUGGAUUAUAUUGAUAUUUUCUAUGCUGACUCGCAACGUAUUUACUAAUUUUGUUAGUUAUACAUAAUCUGUGAUGCUGCCGCAAUUAUACUUUUAAUAUUCUAUAUGAAAAUCUAUGGGAUAAGCACCAUGUAAAUUUUGUUUGUUAAAUUUUUAUGUGUAUGUCUGUCAAAUAUGAUUAUUUAAAUUGCAAAGAAUACAUUCUGGGUGUAAUUUGAUAUAUCUAAA